GAACAUAUGUGGGAGAUCUAACAGAGGCACACCACAAAGAACAGACAAAGAAACAUUUGAGCUGGACCUAUUUCCUAUUCUUGGAUUGUUUUCUCAAAUCAGGGUCUUCAUGUGUAUGGAUCAGUUUGUCAAAACAUAGUGUGGAUGUUUGAUUGUGGAGUGUAAAUGUAACUGCUGUAGACAUGGAUACAUCAUUUACUGUGAGACCUCUUGUCCUUGCCCUUCUGCUCUCCCUUCAUCUGCACUUACACCUUUUUGUUUGGGCUGCUAUGGACUCCUGCUAUGAUGAGGAGGGUGUGCCAAGCAGCUGUAUGCCCAAGUUUGAGAAUAUUGCCUUCAGUCGCACGGUGGUGGCUUCCAAUGUGUGUGGUUCUCCACCUGAGGACUACUGCAUGCAGACAGGGUCAACUCGUUCAUGCCACAUCUGUGAUGCCUCAGAUCCAUACCUAAGCCACAAUACCAGCCUCCUGACAGACUUCCACCGGAAUGAGGAGCCCACAUGGUGGCAAAGUCAGUCCAUGUACUUUCGUAUCCAAUAUCCCAACUCCGUGAACCUCACCCUUCACCUCGGGAAAUCCUUUGAGAUAACCUACAUACGACUGAAAUUCUACACCAGUCGACCAGAGAGCUUUGCCAUCUACAAGCGUACAGAAAACGAUGGGCCCUGGUUACCUUACCAGUAUUACAGCGCUUCUUGCCGAAAGACCUAUGAGAGAGACGCUAAAGGUUACAUUCGCCCAGGGGAUGAUGAAAGGACUGCUUUAUGUACAGACGAGUUCAGCGAUAUCUCACCCCUCACUGGAGGAAACGUGGCUUUCUCCACACUGGAAGGUCGGCCCAGUGCCUACAACUUUGACCAAAGCUUGGUGUUGCAGGAAUGGGUGACAGCCACUGACCUGCUCAUUUCUUUGGACAGGCUUAACACCUUUGGAGAUGAGUUUUUCAAGGACGCUAAAGUGCUGCGCUCGUACUUCUAUGCCAUCUCUGAUUUCUCCAUGGGUGGCAGAUGUAAGUGUAACGGCCAUGCCAGCGAGUGCAUUGAGCAAGAACAUGGUAACCUGGUCUGCGCCUGCCAGCAUCACACAGAGGGAGCCGACUGCCAGAGAUGUCACCCCUUUUACCAGGAUAGACCCUGGGCCAGGGCCACUGGGGACUCUGCCAAUGAGUGUUUGAAGUGUAACUGCAGUGGGAGAUCACACCAAUGUGUGUUUGACAUGGAACAGUACCGGAGCACUGGCAGUGGGGGGCGAUGUGUGAGCUGCAGAGACAACACCGAUGGGCCCCACUGUGAGCGCUGCAGAAAUGGCUACUACCGGAAAUCUACAGAAGAUCCCUGCCUACCCUGCAACUGCAAUGUCAACGGAUCUGUGAGUCUACAAUGUGAUGUAGAAGGAAGGUGUGCUUGUCGGGAAGGUGUGACAGGAGAGAAGUGUAACACAUGCCAGGCUGGCUUUCACUCGAUAGGCCCCGGUGGCUGCAGGCCAUGUGAAUGUGACCUCAGUGGCAGUGUGGGUGACUGCUCUGCUCUGGAUGGACGCUGUUACUGUAAGCAAAAUGUGGAGGGACAGAACUGCAACAGAUGCAAGCCAGGAUUUUUCAAUCUCCAGCAAGUAAACCCAGCAGGCUGCCAACCGUGCUUCUGCUAUGGCCACUCGCUGGCCUGCUCCUCGUCCAAUCACUAUGCUGCUGUCAACAUCACUUCUGACUUCGUUGAAGAUCAAGAAGGCUGGUUGGGAGAGUUUUCUGGAGGGCUGGACUACCCCCUGCUGUGGAAGGAAGGUGAAGUCUACCUGCUGCCUCUUACAGAAGAGGACACUGGCUUCUACAAAGCCCCCGUGAAAUUCCUGGGUCACAAAGUCUACAGCUAUGGCCAGCUUCUCUUCAUCACCUUUGCCUCUGAGACCCCCGAGCUGCUGCCCGACCACAUCGCCCUGGUCCUCGAGGGCUCUGGAAUCACUCUGUCUGCUGACCUUUCAUCCCAACCAGUGCUUGGUUAUCACCCUGGCCUCACACCACGGCACUCUUUCACCAUCAGGCUUGAUGAAAACGAGAAGAGAUUUAAACCUGCUCUUUCUGCCUUUGACUUCCAACUCCUCCUUUACAACCUGACGGCUCUCAAGAUCAGCAAUGCUGGGGGACACAACUACACAUCACAGCUCGCAGGAGUAACCAUGACCUCAGCAGUCGUCUCAGCUGACCCAGCCUUUCCUCCUGCUCUGUGGGUGGAAUCCUGUUCCUGUCCCCCGGGCUUUGCGGGCCAGUUUUGUGAACAGUGUGCCCCCGGAUUUACCCGGGAAGAGCCUGCUAGAGGGCCUCUCUCGGCAUGCGUUCCAUGCAACUGCCACCAGCAUGGAACGUGCCAUCCAGAGACAGGUGUAUGUGAAUGCUCAGACUUCACCACCGGGACGACCUGUGAGCGCUGCCUGGAUGGUUACUAUGGCAACUCUUUGAUUGGCACACGUGGUGAUUGUCAGCCUUGCCCUUGCCCAGGCCAGACCAGCUGUGUCCAAAUUGCAGAGACAGGACAGGUGGUCUGUACCAACUGCCCUGCAGGACAGACAGGAAUGCGCUGUCAGAGGUGUGAAGAUGGCUACUAUGGUGACCCCCUAGGGCUCUCAGGGGCAGCUCAGCCAUGUGCGAGAUGCAACUGCAAUGGUAAUGUGGACUUCAACGCGGUGGGAAUAUGUGACCACGUCACUGGGCGCUGUCUGAAGUGCCUGGGACACACGGAGGGAGAUCACUGUGAACGCUGCCAGCAGGGUUUUUACGGCAACGCCCUGGACCAGACAGUGGGCCAGAAGUGCAAGUCAUGCAGCUGCAGCUCUGCUGGAACAUCUGGGCAUGUAAAUGAAUGCCAUCCUCAGACAGGAAAUUGUCAUUGCCUCAGUCAUGUGACCGGACGGGAUUGCAGUUAUUGCGAAGUUGGCUUCUUCAACCUCCAACCAGGCAUUGGAUGUGAAAUAUGCAAAUGUAAUCCAAUUGGCUCAUCGUCACUGGCAUGCCAUCCAAUCACAGGGCAGUGUGUGUGUCGCACAGGAGUGGAGGGGAGACUGUGUGAUACUUGCCGUUUGGGCUUCUUUGGAUUCUCAUCACGAGGUUGCAGAGCCUGUAACUGUGACCCGAUGGGCUCCGUUUCUAUGCAGUGUCGCAGUAACGGCACCUGCCACUGCCGCCAGGGCUUUGUGGGUUACAAGUGUGACAAAUGUGAGUUAAACUAUUUCCACAACAGAGCCACACACCAGUGCGAGGAAUGCCCAGUUUGUUAUGGCCUUGUCAAGAAACAGGUUAUUGGAUAG